UCCUCUAGGAGGAUCUUUGUCUUUACUCUCAUGGCUCUGUCUCUUUUUUCACUGACUUGUUCUUCAGAGCCAUGGAAGGAGAAAUCUGAACUCAGGAUUAUCCUGGUUGGAAAGAUCGGAGGUGGGAAGAGCGCUACAGGAAACACUAUUCUUGGCUGGAAGGCAUUUGAGUCUGUUGUGGCACCAAGGGCGACCACGCUUGGGUGCCAACGAGAGGCAGGGAGGUGGAGAGACGUGGACCUUUCUGUGAUUGACACUCCAGACCUUUUCGACCCCUCCAGCUGGAUCCUGCUGCCGGAGAUCAGGCGUUGCAUUGAGCUCUCCAGGCCCGGCCCUCACGCCUUGGUGUUGGUGACCCAGGUGGGCCGCUUCACUGCAGAAGACGAGGCUGCAGCCAAUCAAGUCUGGGUCGUGUUUGGGGAAGAGGCCUCCAGGCACAUGGUAGUCCUCUUCACACACAAGGAGGAUUUGGGAGGGGAUUCCUUGGAGAACUUUGUGUGGGGCUCAGAUAAUGAGGCUCUCCAGGAGCUAAUUCGGAAGUGUGGGAGGCGCAUGUGUGCUUUCAACAACGGGGCAACUGGGGAGGAACGGGAGAGGCAGGUCUCUGAGCUGAUGGAGAUAGUCCAGCGAAUGGUGGAGAAGGAGGGAGGGAGGCAUUUCUCCAAUAGGCUCUACGUGGAGCCUGUCUUAACAGAUGAAAAGAUCCAAUUGUUCAUGGUAGAGAAUGGAGGCGCCAGGCCAGAGCCAAGGAGAGGCUGGAGUUUGGAGUAUUUGCUUUCAUUGCCGCUAUCACAGAUUAAAAAGGCUUUGGGGAUAUGCUGGUGGCUGGUGACACUUUUUUUUCAUUUAGCUAUUAACAUCAUGAAGAUAUUCAUUCCGAAAAAGUUUCAUCUCUUUUAA